AUGGAGAACCACAGUGACAUGUCCUCGAGCGACGUCGAAAAAACCCACAACGCCGUCGAUGUCACAGCCGACGGAAAUGUGACCAACGAUCCCGAGCUUCCUCCGCGCGACAUUCAAGGAUGGAAGUGGAUUGCUGUUGUGUUGGCGAUUCUGAGCUCGACCUUCCUCUUUGCACUGGACAACACUAUCACUGCAAACAUUCAGGCUGAGAUCGUCCGAGACUUUGAAUCUGUCAACAAGCUAUCAUGGAUAAGUGUUGGACUAGUCAUGAGUGCUUCUGCAACUGUGCUUCUUUGGGGUAAAAUUUUCUUCCAAUUCAACACAAAAUGGACCUACAUCAUCAGCGUCGCGAUCUUCGAGGUCGGAUCUGCGGUUUGCGGAUCGGCACCUAAUAUGGAUGCCCUCAUUGUGGGUCGAGUUCUUUGUGGUAUCGGUGGGUCUGGACUAUACUGCGGUGUGAUCACACUUCUGGCAGCCACCACCACACUACAAGAGCGACCAAUGUAUGUAGCAAGCACUGGUAUGACAUGGGGUCUCGGUAUGGUCCUCGGCCCAAUUGUGGGAGGAGGAUUCAGUCAGAGCUCUGUCGGCUGGCGCUGGGCUUUCUACAUAAACCUGUUGAUUGGAGCGGUCUGUGCACCGGUCUACCUCUUUCUCAUCCCGAAUAUCGAUCCCCGAAAGGGAGCUCCUCUCACCACCCGGCUCCGAGAGAUCGAUUGGCUAGGUAGCAUUCUCAACCUAGGUGCUUUCCUAUCUGGUAUCAUGGCUAUCUCUUUUGGUGGCUUGACCUGGGCCUGGGGAAGUGGGAAGAUCAUCGGUUUAUUCGUCUGCUCGGGCGUGCUAUUCAUUUUGCUUGGGUUCCAGCAGGCCUUCACUAUUGGUACUACCACUACCCGACGAAUCGUGCCAGUAGAAUUCUUCAGGUCCCGGACAAUGCUCAUCCUCUUCGCCUGCACAGCCGCAGCCGGUACAGCUUGUUUCGUCCCCGUCUACUUCGUUCCACUCUUCUUCCAGUUCACCCGAGGCGAUGGUGCGCUUGACGCCGGUGUUCGUCUACUGCCUUUCAUAAUUCCUUGCAUUGUCAUGAUCUGUGUCAACGGCGGAGUUAUGUCUGCAUACGGUCUAUACAUGCCGUGGUACACAGUUGGAGGCGCUCUCGUGCUCACCGGCGGCGCCCUGUUUUAUACUGUCGGUGUUGACACAAGCACUGCUCAUAUUUAUGGAUACAGUGUCCUUACCGGCUUGGGAACUGGAAUGUAUCUCCAAGCCUCGUUUUCGGUUGCUCAAGCUUCUGUCGCCCUUGAUAUGGUGGCUAGUGCUUCUGGAUUCAUCACCUGUGCCCAGGUCGUUGGCACUACUAUCGCUUUGGCGAUUGCCAACAGCGUGUUUUUGAACGAGUCCCAAAGGAGUAUCAUUCACCUUCUGCCCAACAUAUCCCUUCAGGAAGUUGAGACUGUGAUUUCUGGUACCUCUACCCUCGUCUCGUCUUUGCCCGCCGCGGAGAAAGUCAAGAUUGAAUCGGCCAUUGUGGACGCGAUGGGUGAGACAUACAUCCUCGUUAUUGUUGCUGGUGCCCUGACUCUAUUGCUUGGUCUGGCAAUGAAGCGUGAACGUCUGUUUUUACAGCCUGGUGCUGCUGCAUAG